AUGUCCUUGGACGAUCUUAGAGACCAAAUUCUUUCGAAUUUUAAUGAGGAAAGGGUUAAAGUCAAUCAAAGACUUCUGAUUGAUAAGAUUUUAGCUCGAUACUCUUCGGAAUUCGUAAUAUAUCGGGAGUUGAUGCAAAAUUCUGACGACGCGAAAUCGUCAAGUAUCCAGAUUGUAUUUGAAACCGAAAACAAUAAAGUUACACGAAUUAUAUUCAAAAAUAAUGGGUUCGCUUUUAGACCUGAGGAUUGGGAUCGAUUGAAAACGAUUGCCGAGGGAAAUCCAGAUGAGCAAAAAAUAGGAGCUUUUGGUGUUGGUUUUUAUUCAUUAUUUUCAUUUUGUGAAAAUCCAUUUGUUUCUUCUGGUGGACAAGGUAUGGCUUUCUAUUGGCGUGAAAACCAAUUAUUUACAAAACAAGGACCAAUUGAGGAUAAAGACAAAGGUUGGACAACGUUUUUAAUGGAUGCAAGAGUACCUAUAGAGUUACCAGACGUUGAAGAUUUCGCCCGAUUUUUGGCUAAUUCAUCGUUGUUUACAGUAAAUCUUCAGGAAAUCUCUGUGUAUUUUAAUGACACUAUGCCAAUAAAACUAUCAAAGAAAAUGCAAGAUCCGAAAUUGAUGGUCAUCGCAUCCGAAUACGACGUGUUUUCUCCACUAAAAUUAUUUCAUCUUACCUCAGUAGAUGUUAGAGAUGUCCAAUUAGACGUUAAGUAUCAAACAGAAGAAUCAUCAAUAUUUUUUAGAAUUGCUAGUGGAAAUUUGGAUGUUUCAGUUAAUGAUGAAUUUUCUGAAGAAAUGGAACGAAUUACCAAAAAGAAACCACCAAACAAAACAAAUAUUCAAAUGAUUUUUACUGGAUUCGAAGAACAUAAUUCAUCUAGUAAAAAUGUUUCUCCAGUCUUUAAAGAUUUACUUAUAUAUCCAGAACAAGGAAGAUUGUAUAUCGGUUUCUCAACUCAACAAACUACUGGAUGUUGUUCUCAUUUAGCUGCUCGUGUAAUUCCUACUAUGGAACGGGAAUCAAUUGAUUUAGCGAAUAAAACAUUAGCUGAAUAUAAUAGUGAGAUGUUAUGUUUAGCAGGAACUUUAUGUAGAAUUUUGUAUGAAGAUGAAAUGGAUCAAAUAAAACGGCUAUAUAAUGAAAAGAUUAACAAUGAAACUAAUGAAGAAAAUAUAAAACUUAUUCGUGAAUUGUUGGAGAAACGGGCAGCACAUGCUUUAACACACUUUACAUUUAGUCAAAGCACACCAAAUAAGCAAGUUGGUGAAAUAAUAGCAUUACAAUUUUUUAAUUGUUUGGAAACCGAUUUAUCGAUUUUAUCAACAAACGGGGUUCUUCCAAUAUCUGAUGUUCGUAUACCUAAUUCAGAAAUGAUAGGAUUCAUAAAAAAAGUUCCACUUGUUCCUAAAAUUAUAUUAGAACAAUGUGAUUCUUUUCUCAAGGAAGCUAAAGAUAUAUGGAAAUUUAUAGUAGAGUUGACUUUUCAAGACGUUUUAUACGAACUGAAAAAUCGAACACUUUCUGAAGAUGAAAUGAUUGAUCUGUUGAAAUGGUGGAUUUCUUAUAAAUCAAAUAAAGAUAAUAUUGAUCCUGCUACAGAGUUCAUGAAACUUGCACGUAUUGGCGAUAGACCCUUGAAUACAUUUCGUUAUAUCUUAAAUCCAGGUAGAAUUCCUCCAAAUAUUGAUAUUCCAGAUGAAGUGUUACCAUAUACUAUUUCUAAGAAUUUAGAAAGUCAAGAUCUUAAAAAAUGGCUUGGAUGGACAGAAUUAACUUUGGUCGAUUGGGCAAAGUUUAUUGUCAACAAACCUGAUUUAGAAAAUGAACCUACAUUUGCUCGGAAAGUUCUUCAAAUUUUGGCAAGAAAUUUAGAUAAUACUUCUAAAAGUAAUAUAGAAAUCAUUCGUCAGUUAUUUGUUCAAAAGAAAUGCAUUCCAACUAUUUUAGGAAUGAAGAUUCCCAAUGAAGCUUAUUUUGAAAAUGUCAAUCUAUUCCCCGACUUACCAAGGAUCGAUUUUGAAAAGCCUUUGACCGUUAAGAAUUUAAUGGAACUUUUCGGUGUUCGAAAGGUUGUUGAAUUAGAACUCAUUUUUGAUCAUCUUAAUGGUCAAGGAGAUUGGGAUCAUAUGAAGCUUAUAAAAUAUUUGGCUACAAUGUACGAUGAUCUUAAGGACGAAGAAAUAAAGAUAUUAAAGAACAAACCCAUAUGGCCUAAGGAAGAUUUAUUAGAAUCAAAUUCCAAUGGCAGUAAUAGUAAUGAAGGAGAAGAAACGAAAUCAAAACAACGUUUUAUUGCUAGAAAGUUGUAUACACCUAUAGCACUUCAUCGUGAAUUUGGAUUACCAGUAAUUAGUUUUAAAGGAAGAUGGUCUCAUAAUACUGAUGAAGGAAAAUUUUUAAUCAAAUUGGGCUUAAAAGACCACCCUACGCUUGAAAAAAUUCUUGAAUUGGUAACACCUUCAACUGAUUCACAAAUUCAUAGCAAAGCUCUUAAAUAUUUACUUGAUAAUUUUGAUAAAAAAUAUUCUAAAGAUUAUAAACCAGCUGAAGUUAAAGUAGCAUUUUUACCUUGCAUGGAACCGAACAUUUACUCGAAACCUUUAGAGUGUUUUAUUAAUUCUGGUUGUGAAAUAUUGAAAUUCCAAGUUGUGCAACAAGAUUUACGAUAUCAAGUAGAAAAACUCGGUGUUCUUCGGGAUCCUAAUCGGGAAAUGCUCUUAAAUAGGUUAACUCAAGAUCCACCACAAGAUAAGGAUAAUGCAAAGAAAAUUUUUGAAUAUUUAGCAUCACAACAAACAUGCUUUACAGCUUCCGAUUGGAAGAUGCUUGCUAAUUCCAAAUUUAUUCCAGUUAAAAAUGGAAUUGACAGUCCAAAUCAUUGUUUUUUUAAAAUUCAAGAUAAAAUGUUAGAUGAAUUUUAUUCGCAUGUUGAUUUUGGAGAUAAAGCCAAUGGCUUUUUGAGUAAAUGUGGUGUUAAAGCUGAACCAUCUUAUAUAGAUUAUGUUGAAUUGCUGACCAAUUCUUCAGUUAAAUUGUGGAAAUUAAUUGGAAACGACAUAGAAAAAUAUUUAUCCAUUUUGAGAAAUAUUGCUAGUAGUAUUAUAUAUAUAAGAAAUAAUCCCAAAGAUAUAAUUUCAGCAAUGAAAAAAGCACCUGUCUUGGUUGGCAUAACAAAGGAAAAGGAAAAUAUCGAUUCUGAAAUAAAAGAAACUAAACGUUAUCAUUUAGUUUCUGCUGAAAAUGUUUUUAUAUGUGAUGAUGAAUCAUAUCGAGAUAUUUUAAAUCCAAUUACGGCCCCUGUUGAAACCAUUUUAGAAGAUUUUUAUAAGAAAUUAGGAUGUAGAUUAUUAAGCGAAUCUGUAAAAGAAAUUUCAAUCGCAAAAGGAAAUAUUAGAGAAACCAAAAAAUCUCGACAAUUAUUAGAAUUAAUUAUAGAAAGAGCUAGUAUAUUUUAUUUUGGGCAGUCUGAAACAAUGAUUAAAAGAAAUGAGGAGUAUCUUAAAAAAUUAAAAGCUAAAGAGAUUGAUUAUAUAGAAACAACUUAUACAUUGGAUACUAUCAAAAAGGUUCAACAAAAUGAAGCCAGUAUUCUUCAAGAUAAAGUAAUAAAUUCAUGGGUUCUUUUCAUAACAUCUAAUUCAAACUUUUGUGAUAUUUCGAAACAAAUAAUCAAAUUUAUUUUUAAAUCAAAAGAUUGGAAUAAUUGGAAAGAGAUUACAUCUCUCAAUACGCUUUUAACAAGUUCUUUAGAAAAUUUAAAAUUUAUGGGAAUACCAGUUGAUCGUAUAUUAAAACAAAAAAAUAAUUAUCAACAUGUUGUUAAUCAAAUGCGAAUUGAUCAAGGAGAUGAAUUUAGUUUUACGCUCGAUACAGAAGAAAUGAAAGAAAUGAAAUCUCCAUCCCCUGUACCUUCCGACAAUAAAAAUUAUAUUUCUGGUGAUGCACGUACUAUUAAUUAUGAGAACAUGCGAGUUUUAAGAAGUUCUUUACAUGAUGCUGUGAAAGCUUGUUAUUCGAGAGAUAUUGAUAAGGACGAAGUCAAAGAAUAUCGCAAACCUAACAUUGAAGAUAUUAUGGGUAGUCUACCUGGUAUUAUCCAAAGUUGUUUGAAUGAUACUAAUAAAAAUGAUUACUGUGAAAUUGUACCAGAUGAGGAACUGCACUGUGUUGAAACUUUACAAGAUAUUGACAUUUAUAUUCCUAGAGAUCUUAAUAAAUCAGAAAUCCUAUCACAAGCACAUACCGCUUCAUUAGACAGAUUUAUAAAUAUGUUAAGAGAUCUUGUGGAUGCAUUUGAAAUCUCUUUAAAAGAUAUUAGUAUAUUUUAUGAUAAUAAUACAAACACGAUUGCAUUCAAUAGAAACAGAAUAAUGUUUUUUAAUUUUAGAUUUUAUCUUGGAUUACAUGAUGAAGAUUGUAAAAUUAAACCUACAAUUAAAGUCAUAACUUAUUGGUUCAUGAUGUUUUGUCAUGAAUUAGCACAUAAUUUUAUUAAAAAUCAUAACUCUGAACAUGAAUAUUACUCUUUAUCAUUUGUGGAAAUUUAUAUGCCAAAUUUUUUGGAAUUAAUGAAAAAACGUCAAUUUCUAACUAGUGGGAUAAAUGAUGGUCGAUUUGUAAAAUUAAAUUAA